AUGUGCAAGGUAUUGCCAAUUUUUACAGGGAAGGAGGAAGACUCAGCAAGAAGCCAUGGCAAACAGUCCCAAUGCACAAGUCUUCUCACAAACGACAAUGUGUACAAUGUCCUCGGAUGGAACUGGACGACCCCUGGUAGAGUGUAUCAGGAAACAAAGUCCACUCGAAGUGGACCUGGGGGCUUGAAAGAAACAAGACAUGCAGUAACUGACACAAGGGCUGGUACAAAGCGUAUGGCCAUUGGCCAUCAUCUUGGAGAAAGGGGGCAUGUUGUUGAACGCACCCAGGACAUGCGCAACAAUCAGAUUGAAGAGAAUCAAGAUUUCAUUAACAUUGAAGAAGAGGAGGCAGAUCAGUUUGAGCAAGAUUGGGAGUGCAUGGCUCGAAGGGCUGCACCAGUGCAUUCCCGACCAUAUGAUCCUCAUCGACCUGCUCUCACUUACCAUCGUCAACCUCGGCAAGCUGCUCUACCUGCCCCUCCCAGAGAUGAGACUGAGGUGGAAGAAGAGGCAGUUCCAAGUGACUCCAGCUUGAGAGCCACCAAUAAGAGCGAGAGCGUGAGAGGGAACGAGAGCGACGACUUCAUCGCACCCGAAAACAUCAACAUCAACAUCAUCAUGGUCACUCUCAUCAUCAUAACUGAUGAAUGGUCCAUGGAAAAAGUAGAUGUUGCUUCUGGGAAGCUGAUCUGGAAAGAAAAGAAAAGAAAGGAAAAAUUGCUGCCACUGAAAACUCUUCUUGUGACUGCCGAAUUCCAAAAUGAAGACAAUAGGCAAAACAUCUAUAAGUAUCAGAAUUCUUUGUAUUCUCUCCUCUCAAAUCUGUCAUCAGAUCCAAGUAGUAUCCCUACUUCUUCUGCUGAUGAAACUGAAGUCUCCCAUCUCCCUUGGUCUGCUGUGAUAGACCCUGGAGCAUUCCGUAAGGAAACAGCCAAGAAGGAAGAAAAGAAAAAAGAGGGUCCUGUAUACUGUGAAAUUUGCAACAUUGAAGUGACAAGCCGGCUCACAUAUGAGAAGCACAUUGAAGGUGCCAAGCACAUGAAGAAAUUGAUGACACUGGAGAAGCAGAACAUGGAGAGCCUGGGAGUGAGCAAAGAGGUUGCUCCUGUCUCAGUGGAGGCUCUGUCUGCAUCCCACGAAACAGCUUCAGAUCACCCUUCAGAUGACCUUCAUACCCUCAUCCAAGAGGCUGAAGAGCCUAGGGAAGUGAUGGGUAGAACAGGGCUGAAAAAGAAUGAAAUCUUUCAACUUUCUGAGGAGAUAGAGCACCAAGAAGGGAGAGAGUUCAAAUUACGGAGCUUCAAAGGUCCAGUUGAGCCCUCAGAGGAAGACUCCCAGGAAGAGGCAGCAUCACAUUCUGAUGAUCAGCACUCUUCCAAGGAACAGCACCAUACUGACGCUGCUCCAGUGGACAUCCUUUCCUUCCCACAUCUUGCAUUCCUUAGAAAGCUAACGUCCUAUAACAUCAAUAGUGAGAAGGAUGUACACUUGGCUGUGAGCCUGGCUCUCCCACUUUCAAAAGCCAUGCUGGAUUAUGUGGAGAGGACUCAACCCAUUGAGACUGUGGAGGCAUGGAAAGGGGUUCACGAACGAGUGGAGAAGCUGAGUCGGACACAGUGGGUUGAAGGGAAGAUCCAGUUAGAGCCAGAACUACCUCUGGUGACACAAGUUUCUUCUCCAGCUGUGAGAGAUGCUCUUCCCACUCCCCUUCUUCCUCUCUGGCAGGCUCCUCUACCCAUUGUCAAGCAUGGGCCUAUCACUUCCAUAUCAAAGCUCAAGGAAAGACCCAAGGAAGAGAAGCUAAAAAAAGACAAGAAGGAGAAGAAGAAAAAGAGGAAAAGCAAAGAAAAGGAGCGAGAUAGGGGAAAGGAGGGAGAGAAAGACAAGGGAGGAUCAGCAUCACCUUGUAAUGUCUCAACAUAUACCCUAGGAAGUGUUUCGCAUCCACCAAACUUAAGAGAUGUUGGGAAGGUAGGAGAGAGACCCCUGACACCAUAUCAUCUGAUCCCUCCAGAGCAGACAGCAAGGGAGACACAGGAAAUGUACUGCUCUGAUGAGAUGCCUGAAACAAAGGUUUAUUAUGAGUCAGAACAGUCUACGGCUCUCAAUCUGUCCCACUCCAGGAAUCAGAGUCCUGAGGAAUAUAUGCAAGACCUAGCUAACUCAUUGGGCAAAAAGAAGCUAGUUCCGUCCUGAUCCUAGUUUUUUUCCUUGUUGCCUUUUUCAUGUUCAUCUGCCAUGUUGGUAAAUUUUCGUGAAGUGCAUGUUAUUGAAUAAAUUGUUAAAAUUGUUU